AGCCAAUCUCUCUCUACAAAAAAAGGCAAUCUCUUCUCCAUUGGUUUUCUUCAAUUCAUCAAUUUUCAUUUUGACGGUUGAUGCCCCAGCUUGAUCAUCAUCGCAUCUCCAUUUCCCUUUUCUUCUUCCAAUCAAUUUCCUCCCUCCUUUUCCGGAUUCGCUCUCUCAUAUUCCCCAAACCAUCCUUUCUACCUAUUUCUCCUCUCCUUCAUCGUGUCCUCCUCAUUCCCCAUUCUGCCUGCGCGUAGCUUUCAUGGAAUCGGAGGAUGACUUCGAUAUGCAAGACGCUGCCGAAUCUGCGGAAGACGAUUUCUACAGCGGUGGAGACGAUGGGUUCGAUACUGAUGACGCUGAUGAUUACGAGUUCAUCGACAAUGAUUCGGACGAUUCCGAUGACCUCGUCUCACAUCGCCACCAGCAAAAUUAUACGAUUUUGAGCGAAGCCGACAUUCGUCGCCGUCAGGACGAUGAUGUGGCGAGAAUAUCUACGGUGCUUUCUAUUUCUAAGGUUGCUGGCAGCAUCCUCCUCCGUCACUAUAACUGGAGCGUCAGUAAAGUUCAUGAUGAGUGGUUUGCUGACGAAGGGAGAGUACGUAAGGCUGUUGGCUUAUUGGAAGCACCUGUCGUGCCAUUUCCCGAUGGUAGAGAAGUGGGUAACCUUGAAGAUUCUCAUGCUUGUUCGUUUCUAUCGCUUGAGUCCGUCUGUGAUUGCGGAGUGGAAAAGGAUUAUUCAUGCCAACUGCAGUGUUAUAUUAGCACUGCCAUUAACGAUGGUCCUGGGUGUUUGAUGUUGCGAUGCCCUGAUCCCUCUUGUGCCGCUGCCGUUGGUCAAGAUAUGAUUAAUGCAUUGGCAUCUGGUGAAGAUAAGGAUAAAUACAUUCGUUACUUUGUCAGAUCUUACAUUGAGGAUAACAGGAAGACCAAAUGGUGUCCUGCUCCAGGCUGUGAUUAUGCUGUGGAUUUUAUUGUUGGCAGUGGGAGCUAUGAUGUCACUUGCCGCUGUUCAUAUAGCUUUUGCUGGAGUUGUACAGAGGAAGCUCACAGGCCUGUUGAUUGUGGAACUGUAGCCAAGUGGAUUCUGAAGAACAGUGCUGAGUCUGAAAACAUGAACUGGAGAACCUUGGUGAAGUACCCUCCUAAGCUGGUAUGCAUGCUGUGGUGGAAAGACAGGAUAUUAGCUAAUUCCAAGCCUUGCCCUAAGUGCAAGCGGCCAAUUGAGAAGAACCAAGGCUGCAUGCAUAUUACCUGCACCCCUCCCUGUAAAUUUGAAUUUUGCUGGCUUUGCCUUGGUGCUUGGACAGAACACGGGGAGAGGACUGGUGGGUUUUAUGCAUGUAACCGUUAUGAGACAGCAAAGCAGGAGGGAGUGUUCGAUGAGGCCGAGAAGAGAAGAGAGAUGGCCAAAAACUCGCUAGAGAGGUAUACACAUUACUAUGAACGAUGGGCAACAAAUCAAUCAUCAAGGCAAAAAGCAUUGGCAGACCUGCAGCAGAUGCAAACUGUGCAUCUGGAGAAGCUGAGUGACAAUCAAUGCCAACCUGAAUCCCAGCUGAAGUUUAUAACUGAGGCGUGGUUACAGAUAGUUGAAUGUCGCCGGGUUUUGAAGUGGACCUACUCCUACGGUUAUUAUUUACCUGAACACGAGCAUGCCAAGAGGCAGUUCUUUGAGUAUUUGCAAGGUGAGGCAGAGUCUGGUUUAGAGAGACUUCAUCAGUGCGCAGAGAAGGAGCUUCAAGUAUACCUGACUGCUGAGGGCCCUUCAAAAGAUUUCAAUGAGUUUCGCACCAAGCUUGCUGGAUUGACAAGUGUCACUCGGAACUACUUUGAAAAUUUAGUCCGGGCUUUAGAGAAUGGUCUGUCAGAUGUGGAUGUUCAUGGAGGCACCAGUAGGACCGGAAGCUCAAAAAGCAUAUUAGGUGGUGGUAGUAGUAGCAGUAGGGGAAGAGGUGGGAGAGGCAAGGGGUCAACAUCCAGGUCAAGUGGCGGCCUUAGUAGAGGAGGCAUUGACGAUUCAGGUCAUUGGUCCUGUGAACUUUGCACAUUUGCUAACAUCAAAUCAGCCACCAUAUGUGCAAUGUGUCAGCAGCGUCGUUAAUUUGGAUAUCACACUGCUACCAAUCAGCAAACAUAAUGAAACACUUCCCUGGCUGGGUUUGUCUCCUCCCCAGCAGAAAAGGUAGAAUCGAUUGAUCGUUGCCAAGGAGAGGAGGCGAGGUUGGGUGCGGAGUUAAAUCCUACUAACUAUCACUCUGCCUCCGAAUGUUCUGCAGCUGGGAAGGGGCAACUAUGGCAUUUGAAUUGAAAGGGAAUUGCUGAAACUCCACCUUUUUCCUUUCCAAAAUUUAUCCGUCAGUUUGUUGUAAAUAGGUGUUAAUCUAAGUGUGCUUCGAAUGCCAAAGCACUUAAGUGUAUUCAUUGAACUGUAAUCUCUUGUGGAUCUAAUGUAACUUAGUUAUGUCUUAGUACUGUGUUGUUGCUGUAGGGUUGCCAGUAUUCAAGCUGCUUUUGAUCGUAGAAAGCUAGUGAAGAUUUGUCGCCAUUGAUCCUCAGCCAGAGCUAGAAUGAAGAUAAAAAGUUGUACCUUAAAAUUUCAAGUGAUGGCAGUCUUGGUUUGUGGCAGUAUUCCAUAUCGGUCAGAAUUGAUAUUUGGACCGGAUCAAACCGAAUUGAAUAUAAUAUGCUUCGAUUCUUGGUUCAAUGAAUUUUAAAAAUACUGAAAAAAAAAAAAAAAUAAACUAGUUCGAUUUCGAUGCUUCUGUUCUGUAUAUACGUUUAGGCAAUGACGGGGAAUAUAUCGACGGGAGCACUGACGUACAGCUUCAUCCAAGCGGUGCACAAUGAGCCCGGUCUCAGUUACGGGCGCCUUCUAACCGCUAUGCGCCAAGCCAUCCAACUCGCUAGAUCUGGUGGCUUGCGCCUUACCGGCCCUAUUGCUUCCCUCCUAAACAACACACUCUUUAGCACACAGCUAAAACAGGAGCCUCAGUUGACUUGCUCACAGACAUUUGAAGUUUAUUCUAGGCAAUUUACUCUGUGAACCCAUAUCCUUCCUUCCUUUUGUUCGUGGAAGUGGGAUGACAACCUACUAACUCACUCCUCCUGUCCGAGACAAUUACUUUUGUGUUUGGGACCACCUAAUUGUAUGUUGGAAUAAAAAACAAAAAGUAUCUAAUUGAGUUAUUAGUUUCUUCAUUUUUCUUAAUGCCCGAACAACUUACAUAGACGGGGCCUACAUUAUUAGAUAUUAUGUUUGGCCAAUUCACAAACCUUGGCCAAAAAUCUAAACAAAGCAAGAGAGAACAAUUAUUUUGGU